GUAUAGUAAGAACUUUGGUUAAAGCUAAAAAGGUUGUUUAUAUAAAAAUUGGAUUCUUUUCUAAAUCGAAUUGGCUCUCAAUAUUUGUUCCCAAGAAUGAAGAAAAAUAUAAGAAAGUAACAUUGGGUCCAUUAGUCAAUUUUAUCAAUUCAUUUAAUAUAAGUGGUAUUAUCAUUUAUUUAAGAUGGAUUCAUGAAAACCAAAAAGUUUCUCCCAAAGACUACACUUCAUUUAUAAGUCGAAUAAAACAACAAGUAAAACAUAAAAUUAAAGUUGGUUUAGUCGUAAAUGGAGCGUACUAUAAAGAUUUUUCAAAUACUUCGAGUUUUGAUUUUACAAUAACAAAUGAAGCGUUGGAUAUGUAUUAUAUUAUAUUUGCAAAUCUAAACUUAUGUGAUUCUGACACUAAGAAAUAUGGUUUGGUUCCAGUAUCAUGCCCCAAUCCUAAUGUAACGUCUAUGGAACAAGUGACUUCUGCUGUAACUAAUUCAAAAAUGGAUAAGUCAAAAAUUUAUGCGUGGCUUCAGUGUACUAUAAAAAUUCCAAAUAAUCAACCGUUAAUAUUGAAAAAGGCAAUUACUACGUAUUCAACGUAUUGUAGCAUCAAUACAACAAAUUCAUCACUCUGGUGUGCGAGCUCUUCUCAGCUUUCAUAUGAUCAAGCGACUUACUCAAAAAAAAACUAUGAAGGGAUAUUAAUAGAGAUUCUUGAUGGAGAUGAUUUCAAUUCAAGUUGUGGUUGUGGACAAUUUCCAGUAACAAAAGCAUAUAUUAGUGGUUGGAAAUCAACUAAGCUUACACCGUGUUCUAGAUUAGAUUAAACAGAAAAAACAAAAUAAUGACAAACAAAAUUGUAACUAUUACACAAUGCAGUAAAAAUUAAUUAUAAAUAUUUAUCAUGUUUAAAUUAUUAAUAAACUUACAGUUGAAUAUUA